AUGACGACCGACCCACACGCUCUCACGCUGUCCACCGCUCUCGAGCCUCGGCAAUCACCCUCUGAAGAGAAGUGUGCUAUCUGCCAGGAAUCAUUAGAGGACGCACCUCCUGUCUAUGAUCCAGCAGAUAGACAUACAUCCGACACAGAUUGCCAGGCUGACAUGGAAGCAGUCGUUACGAAGGUCUGCGGCGACAAACACUUCUUCCACCGAACUUGCAUCGAAUCGUGGUGGAAAUCCGGUAACCCUCGUCUAAACUCUUGCCCUAUCGAUCGUACACUCUGCUACGGCGACGUCAUUACAAUCGGUCCACUCGUGGGCAAUCUGCUUGAAAGUGCGAUCGAGACUGUGCAGAGACGUACAUCGGAGCUUGCUAAUGAAGUUACGAUCGACUGUUACCUGGAUGCUCGCGAUCUUGCGGAAGGGCUGGCCGCAGGUUACAUCACCCGCGAAGAUAUAGAUUUGGCCAACAGCAUCGCCGAGAAUAUAAUGAUCACGGCUGUGAACCGUAGCAUUGUGUCGGUUGGAGCGAGGGAAGGUGUGCAGGCUCCUUUCACAGCCGGCCCUCAUGUUUCUCGCGACAUUUUUGGGCAAAGAGUAAGAACUGGAGCCGACGAAGCCGAUUUUAAUCACUCCCAACCUUAUCAACCCGGCCACAACGGUUCUAUGGUUUACAGGACUGUACGCCUCCAGCUACAAAUGGAAGGGCCACAGCAUUACCUUGAUAGUAUGGCUCAUAUGGUUGGCUUCUUCGACGAUGACGAAGAUGAUUCUGGUGGUGGUGACAUGGGUUAG